AUGCGCAUCUUGCCUCUCAUAGCAGCUCUGGCGCUUCUUCAGGGUGUCCAAUCCUAUGAGUCCCCGAGACGCUACACUCGAGGUCGGACCCGGGGGUUGGUUUCUUAUAACCUUCCAAAACCUGAAAAUUUGACUGCACAUAACUCGAACAAUGUGUUUGUGGCCAUAUCUCACGAUGCCCCUGUCUUAGUCCCGUCUCAAGACUCCCAUCCACAAGAGCCGGUCGGGGUGAAGCAAAAGGGGCCUCUCCAAACUAACAAAUUCUAUGCCAAUUUCUUUGCCAAUAAGCAAGACAACGCCACAUGGACUCACCCCUACUCAGUUUGGUGGUCUAACGACACAGCCAAGCAAGGCCAUGGUCUUUCAAUAUCCCAUACGGACCGUAACGACUUCCUGUACGGCCCAGGGACUCCGGUCAAGUCUUUCGAGGAUCCGCAAUUCCGCCAAUCGAUUGCUAUCUCUGCAAGCGAACUUAAAAACGAUACCGCCCUGACGACGGAGUCUCUUACGGGAUUUUCUAUCAACGUUAAUCUUGCACCAAGGAAAAAUGCCGAACCGUUGCUUUCGUUCCCGCUUGUCCAGGGCAUGGCCUUCGUGACAGGAGUUUACAAGGGCGGCUCGGUUCUGAUACAGUCUGAGAAGGGGUUCUCAAACAUCACAAGGCUACCACUAAACUCCCCGGGGAUUGGUGCCGCGGUACAUGGAUGGCACGCGCGGCUCAACGAUGGGACAGACUGGUUGAUAUAUAUGACACCAAAACACACGUACCAGAAGCCGUCCCUCAAAAUGUUGGACAAAAGCUCGCUCACAGGACCUCAAAACUUUACAGGAUAUGUACAAAUUGCCAAAAACCCACUUGGGGCGGAAGGCAUUCGGGUCUUUAACCGUGCUGCUGGAGUAUACCCCGUUGGGGCUACCAUUUCUGGAUCUGUUUCGGGAAACACUGGAACAUACACUCUGAGCUGGAGCAAGAAUGGAAUCAAGGAGCUCCCACUCCUUAUGUUUGCUCUGCCUCAUCACGUCAAAUCCUUCGACCAGAGAACCAGGGCCGGCCUCACCGAUGUCAAGCUGGCAAGCACUACAAAGGGCAUUGCGACUGCAACAUUUGGCGAUUAUUUUACCAUGGUGGAGAGCGACCUUCCAACGGAUGUCGGCUUAGACCCGUGGUCACCCCGUUUGGGCUCAGUUGGGUCCAAAAAUGCCCCAGGGGGGACUGUUUCUGCUGAGGCUAAGGCCGCGAUUAUUGCUGCAGCUAAGGAAGAGCUCUCAAGGGACAUUACAGAGCUAACCAAUUUGACGUCAAAAUACUUCUCCGGAAUCGCAUUCUCAGUCUAUGCGAGAUCACUCUACGCCGUACACAAUAUUGCUGGAGAUGAUUCUUUCACUGUUGACGCACUUCAAAAACUUGAGAAGGCGUUUGACAGAUACGUCAAUAACCUCGAGCCGAAUCCCUUGGUCUACGACAACGUAUGGAAAGGCCUGGUUUCGUCAGCAUCAUACGGUAACAAUGACACUCAGGCCGAUUUUGGGAACACAUACUACAACGACCAUAACUUCCAUUACGGCUACUAUGUCUAUACUGCAGCCAUUAUUGGCCAUUUAAACCCGUCCUGGCUAACAAAAAACGACUCGAUCAACAAAAUCUGGGUCAAUAACCUCAUUCGUGACUGGGCAAACCCCUCAACCGAAGAUCCUCACUUCCCGUUUUCGCGCUCGUUUGACUGGUUUCACGGUCACAGCUGGGCUCGAGGUGUGCUGGAAGCGCCUGAUGGCAAAGACCAAGAAUCAUCGGCUGAGGACGCCUUCUCGACGUACGCUAUUAAAGUGUGGGGCCGCACGAUUGGCGAUGCCGAUAUUGAGGCCCGUGGAAAUCUUCAGCUUGCUGUCACAGCCCGCAGCUUGCAGUCUUAUUUUCUCAUGGCCAGCGACAAUGACGUUCAGCCACCUAGAUUUAUUGGGAACCGAGCGUCGGGCAUUCUCUUUGAUCGGAAGGUGACUCACACGACAUAUUUUGGCGAUCAGAUAUCAUUCAUCCAGGGCAUUCACAUGCUUCCCAUCGUACCCAGCAGCGGAUAUAUCCGGAAGCCCUCUUUUGUACGCGAAGAGUGGGACCAGUACUUCGCAGGAAACAAGAGCGGUGCACUAACUGGGGGAGGCUUUGUUGGGCACGUAUAUGUUAACCUGGCUAUUGCGGACAACCAGGGUGCCGUCGAGAGCUAUAAUUUCAUGAAGAGACAAAAGGUAGGCAGUGAGUUCGUGGACGGAUUGAGCCUAGCUUGGAGUCUCGCAUAUACAGCGGCUUUGGGUGGAAGCUUGAACACAAACUCGACCCUAAACUCGACUGCUUACAGAUUUUCGAGAUAA